AAACAGUGCAGCAGACCAGACGGUGACAACAAUCCUCCAUAAAAAGCCUUUGAAUGAACUUUUAAUGGAAAUAUAAAUCAUUGGAAGUGGUUUUGUUUUGAAGAGGAGAAGAGACGAUGGAGAAUAUUAAAAACCUUCCCAUCGACAUACAAACCAGCAAGCUUCUUGACUGGCUGCUGGAUCGACGUCACUGUAAUAUGAAAUGGCAGAGUGAGGUGAAAGAGAUCAGAGAGAAGAUCAACGCUGCCAUCCAGGACAUGCCUGAGAACGAGGAGAUCAAGCAGCUUCUUUCUGGCUCCUAUAUUCACUACUUUCACUGCUUGAGGAUAGUGGAGAUACUGAGAGGAACAGAAGCUUCCUCUAAGAACAUCUUUGGCAGAUAUUCAUCUCAGAGGAUGAAGGACUGGCAGGAGAUCGUGACCCUGUAUGAGGCAGAUAAUGUCUAUUUGGCGGAGGUUGCCAGCCUGCUGAGCCGCAACGUGAGCUACGAAGGUCCGGCUCUGAGGAAGCAGCUGGCUAAAGCCCAGCAGCUGCAGCAGGAGCUGAGCAGGAGGGAGGUGGAGUGUCAGAGCUCAGCCGCAGACCUGAGGGAGCGCUACUACACCGCCUGCAAACAGUACGGCAUCAGAGGAGAUAACGUCCCUCGUGAGCUGCAAGCGCUGGUCAAAGACUUACCGGCCGUUCUUGACGAAGUCGGCAAGGACACAGCGAAGUUAGACAAGCACAUCCAACUUUACACCGCUUUCACCAACUUUGUAUGCGAGUGGUCCGACUCGGUCCUGCCUCUGCUCACAUUUGCCCAGAAGAAGGGAAACGCGACGUUUUAUGAAUGGAGAACAGGGAACGCCCCUACGGUCGUUGAGAGGCCCGUUGUAGAGGAUGCAGCUCCUGAUACAGUCACAGACGACACGAUUGAUUGGGGUGACUUUGGUGCAGGAGCAGACAGUCAGGGUGUCACCUCUGCCAUCACAGUGGAGGACGGGGUCGACUGGGGAAUCAGUCUGGAGCCGAGCUCGGAGGACGCUGGUGCAGGCAGUAUCGACUGGGGUGACAGUGAUGAAACUCCCAUUGAAAUUGAAAUCGUAGAUGCGGGCACAGACUGUCCUGACGGUGUGGCGAGGGGUGAGGACGCUCUGAGUAUACUGGAGAACUUUCAGUCACGCAGCCAGUUCAUUGAUGAGCUAAUGGAGCUGGAGAUCUUCCUCACCCAGCGUAUCAGUGAGAUGAAAGAAGAGGCAGAUGUGGUUGCUAUGAGUCAGUUCCAGCAGGCUCCCUCCAUCAUCCAGGGUCAGUCCCGCGAACACGUCCAGAAGAUGCUGUCGGUGGUGCAGGACCUCGUGGGCCGGCUGACCUCUCUCCGGAUGCAGCACCUGUUCAUGAUCCACGCAUCGCCACGGUAUGUGGAGCGUGUGUCGGAGGUGCUGAGGCAGAAACUGAAGCAGGCAGACAUCCUGGUGUUGAAGGGAACAACGAUGGUUGAGAGACGGCAGGAAGCCCUGGAGGAGCAGUCCAGACUGGAGCCUCGUGUGGACCUGCUGGGAGGACGCACCCGGGAACUCCAGAAACAGAUUGAAGCAGACAUUUCAAAGCGAUACCACAGCAGGCCUGUCAACCUCAUGGGAGUCAAUAUUUAAAGAUAUAAGUAUUUUGUCAUGAUCUGCAAGGAGAAAUAAAAGUGGUAUUUAAUUUAAAGUCUUGUGCGUUCUGUCAAGAUAAAUCUUUGUUGGAUUAACGCUGGGUAAGAAAUCAUUUUUAAACAUUUUAAACAGACCUGAUUUGACUGAUUAAUGAAUUAUUAUUUGUUAAUUAAACCUGUUUUAAUGUUCGUAUUUUAAGUUACAGUAACUUGUAACACUUAUAAGAUCCUGAUAGUGUAUAUAAUUGUAUAUAAUUUAGAGUUACCUGACAAAAUUCAUUAACUGGGAAAUGGUAAAAAAUCUAAAUGCAAAUCUACAAUAUGUGACUCAUGCAUUUG